AUGGUAGAGAGAGAAAGAGAGCGAGUGAGACAAUUUGUUCGUCCUCCAAUGAGGAAUGGACUGUUUUUUCCUGAUAAUCUUAGUAGGAGAGUUACUAGAAGUGAAUUAAGAGAGAUUUUCAAUCAUUAUGGAAUAGUAGUUAGGGUCUUUAUUCCAAAAUUUAUGUUUAAACUGAAUUAUACAUCUUCUACGUUUUCCUUUGUGCAAUUUACGGUGGAGGAAGGCUGUAGAAGAGCAAUUCAGUAUGUUAAUGGAACGUUGAUUGAUGGGAAGAGAGUGUCAGUGGGGGUUGCAAAGUACAACAAGGAUAGGAGAAGAGAAACAGAUGGGAAAAAUCCCUAA